AUUAUUUUUUUGGACUAGACUCCACAAACGGCGUAAAUUUUUUAGUGCAGAAAAUUUUAUUCUGCAAAGUUGCAUUUUUUCAUUGUAAUUCUGGAAUGUUUGAGGUUUAGACUGUAAUUGUAUUAUCAAGUUUUCAAAAUGUUGGCAUCUCUUCGAAGUUCGACCAUUGAGUUUUGUGCAAAAACUCGAAUAACAAGUUAUUCGUAUCCAUCGCUGCGUUGCAUGUCCACAGUGCCAUCUUCGAGUUCGGACCUGCAGUGUGAUUUAGCCGUUGUAGGUGGUGGAAUCGUGGGAGCAGCUACGGCCUACAAAAUUUCCCAACUACCUCGUUCUAAGCCUUUGAAAAUCCUGAUUCUGGAAAAAGAAAAUGCCUUAGCAAAACAUCAGACUGGCCGUAACAGCGGCGUUAUUCACAGUGGAAUCUAUUAUAAACCUGGCUCACUGAAAGCCAAAAUGUGUGUGCGUGGACUCGAUCUGAUGUACGAUUACUGUGAUAAGAACCACAUUCCAUACAUAAAGACGGGAAAACUUAUUGUUGCAGUCGAAGAGGAGGAAAUACCACGGCUGCUAAAACUGUAUGAAAAUGGCAAAGUGAAUGGAGUGCGAGAUUUACAGCUGAUCGACGAGAAGGGAAUUAAGGAGCACGAACCACAUUGCAGAGGCAUUAAGGCACUUUUAUCACCACAUACAGGAAUCGUGGAUUAUAGUCUGGUCACCAAAUCCUUGGCCGAUAGCGUUGCUCGAAGCGGGGGAGAAACAGUGUUGAAUUUCGAAGUGGUAAAAUUCCAGUCCGCUCCAGAGGAAGGAAAAGUCCAGCUGAUCGCAUCGGACGGACGAGUUGUGCAUUGCAAAGGAGCUGUCGUUUGCGGGGGGUUGCAGUCUGAUCGGCUUGCGGUCUUGUCUAACUGUCCACCAACACCAAAAAUUGUCCCCUUUCGUGGCGAUUAUUUACAGUUGAAGCAGGGAAAACGCCAUUUGGUUCGCGGGAAUAUCUAUCCGGUUCCUGAUCCGCGGUUUCCCUUCUUGGGUGUGCAUUUCACUCCACGGAUGGACGGGAAUUUAUGGCUGGGCCCGACCGCAGUAUUCUCCAUGGAUAGAGAAGGUUACAACAUGUUCAGCUUCCGCUUUAGAGAUAUGUGGGAAGCUGUAACGUUUCCCGGCUUUUUGAAAAUGGCUGCGCGUUACACUCGUUUUGGUCUGGCGGAGAUGUGGCGCAACGCAUAUAUUCCCGCACAAAUCAAACAGUUGCAGAGAUAUAUACCAGAGAUAACGACAGCCGAUGUGGAAAGGGCGCAUUCUGGCAACAGAGCACAAGCACUGGACAGUGAUGGAAAUUUAGUGGAUGAUUUCAUUAUCGAUACCGCUGAAGAUGAAUUGGGUAAAAAAGUCGUUCACGUUAGGAAUGCUCCUUCACCGGCUGCGACUUCGUCUCUAGCUAUAGCCGACCACAUCGUUGAUACGGUUUCGAAGAAGUUUAAAUUUCUUAGCGCUUGAAAUGUGAUGUUUAAUUGUGAAAUGAUAUACUCGUAUAAUUUACUGCAUGCAAUAGUUUCGCACUGAACCCUGAAGUAUUACAGAACGGUGUUUACGUUUUACCUGUUUUACAUGAUAAAACUAAGCUCAGUGAUUUAUCAAUAAAAAGAAUACCGCGCUC